AGUAAAAUGUGUAGUUCCUAUAGAAGCGUUAAAAAAUGUACCUCCGUACUUAUGUAUUCUCAACGAUUAUUUUAUUUUCUCCUUUCAAUUGUAGCUGUGAAAACGUAUCCUGAUUGUCCACGCGACGGUUCUAAUGCGGCGUAUUUUCCGAAUAAAGAAGACUGUGGGAGUUUUUGGCAGUGCUCAAAUGGACUCCCAUAUCUAUUCAAUUGUCCAGCAAAUCUUCAUUUCAAUCCUGAGUUGAAUGUUUGUGAUUACCCCCAGAAUGUUGGAUGUGUAAUUUCAACAGAAGAUUCAUCAGAAACGACAGCAGCUGAUAAAACUCAAACUUCUAUUACCGAAGAAACAUCCCCAUACACAUCAACAACUGCUUCUUCGACAACGUCAAAGGUACCGUCAAUGAGUACUACAACAACAUCUACAAAAUCUACAGCGUGUACAAAAUCUACAACUCGGAAAACUAUUCCCGUAUCAAGCGAGGCGACUAUUACAACUUCACCAAUCACUACGCAAGCAACAACAAGCUCUUUAAUAAUUUCUACAUCUGUAUCAACUGAAGCGAUAUUAUCAACCACUUCUGAAAAUGUUUAUACGACCAGAAAAACUACUUCUCUGGAUUUAAGUACUGUACCUCUUAUAACAUCAGAAAUAUCAAAUACAACAACAUCUUUAUCUACAGUAACUUCACAAAUACAGACUGAAGAUACAACAUCUUUAUCUACGAUAUCUUCACAAAUACCUAAUGAAGAUGCAACAUAUUUAUCUACGAUAUCUUCACAAAUACCUAGUGAAGAUGCAGCAUCUUUAUCUACGAUAUCUUCACAAAUACCUACUGAAGAUGCAGCAUCUUUAUCUACGAUAUCUUCACAAAUACCUACUGAAGAUGCAACAUCUUUAUUUACAAUAUCUUCAAAAAUGCCCACUGAAUAUACAUUUCUAUCUACAAUAUCUUCAACAAUACCAACUGAAGAUAUAACAACAACUGUGGCUACUACCGAAAACAUGGACUAUGUCUGCGCAGAUCUAUCCUCUGAAUAUUUUAUAGCGCCUCACCCCAAUGAUUGCACUUCGUUUGUAGCUUGUUCUUACGGUACAGCUUAUGUCAUGAAAUGUAACAACAACCUGUGGUUUAAUAGCCAAUUAAUUAGUUGUGUAGAACCUGCUAAAUCUAAUUGUAAAAUAAGUAGAGUCAUUCCAAUAAGACUUGUCACUCUAAGCUGUACAACUCCUAGCGAUAGUUUAAUUUCUAUCUGUUACAAGAAUGAUGAUGGAAGUUACCUGCAGCAUCCUAGUGAUUGCGACAAAUUUAUUAUUUGUGCUCAUGGUUUUCCAAUCACUAUGUAUUGUCCAGAAGGUUUGCAGUUUAGUUUAUCAAAGCAGCAGUGUGUGUAUCCUCAUGAUACGGAUUGUAAUUUGGGUAGCUGAUGCUUUAUGUAAGAAACUACUAGUCAUUGUGAUGGUCAAAAGGAAAAACAAACUAUAAAAUAAAAUAAUUUGUGCAUUUAUUUUGGAAAAUUAUAGCGUGGGUGUAAAUUUAUAACAAAUAAUUAGGUGAAAAAUAAAUUUUUAAAAACCA